CCAAUCGUGAAAAGUUUUAAUCGAUAUGAUCGAUAUUUAAAAAUUUAAAUAGAACAUGUUUAUUUCAUGAUGUUUAUGUUUUUAUUCAAGUCCGAAUCAUCCAAAGAAUGGCUGAAAAUGUAAACAAAAACUUAGACACUAGCUCUGAAAACUUUCUUGAGGAGGAGUUAAAUCAUUACACUGAAUUGUUAAUAAGUAGCAGAGAGGAAUGUGUCGAAGUUGGAGAGAAAUACAAAGAUUUGAGUCUACAGGUAAAAAACUUAAUCGGAAGUCAGGAUGUUUCAUCUGAUGAUUCAAUUAGCAGUGAACAUGGCCCAUCCAAAGAAAUCCGCUCUGAUUUUGAAGAGUACCUGUCAAAAUAUGAAAAUCGUAUUUCUGCAUAUAAAAUAAAUCAAGAACAUCAAGCAAAAAUCGUUAGAGAAUUGCAGAGCAAUGUAGAGGAAUAUCGCAUGAAAUGUGCAAGAUUAGAAGCUGCGUUAGCUGAGCAAGCUGCCAAUGAAUCCAAUAGAUCGGAUUCUGGGUCUAAUUCACCUAGCAUUUUAAUAAUGGAUCUUGAUACAGCUUUAAUAAGACUCGAGAAAGAAAGAAAUAGGUGUGAAGGCCUUACACAAAUCAACACUCUACUCCGAGAACAGUUAGAGACUGCUACUGAAGUAAACCAAACACUCACUUCUGAUGUUCAAAGGCUCACCCAAGAAUGGAUGAAUGAGCGCUCAGAGUUUCUUGCCAAAGAAACAGAAUGGAAAGAUGAGGAACAUACUUUUAGCAUUUAUUUCACCCGAGAAAGUAACAUGGUCUUAUCUAUGUGGCGUCAGCUUCUCAACUUCAAGCAUGAAUUUAAUAAUCUGAAAAAUCUCACUGAGAGAGAACUUUCUGCUUUCAAAGUCUGCAUUUGCGAUGAUAUACAAAAAGUGACAGAUAUUGAAGCUACUGCUAAAAUUCAAAUGCAAAAUCAAAAUGUAUUCGCUUACCAGCUAAAUUUCUCUUUAAGGGUUCUUUUUUCAAUUGAAAUAUAUCUUCUUCUUCAAUUCCAAGAAUCUUUUUGGUCAGGUCUUUCCAAGAAUCUGACAGAGGUGGACAAAUUCACAGGAAACUUUAAGAAAUUGUUUAAAUAUUGUCCUGGAAGAAAGCGCCGCUCUUUAAAGUUUUUAACAGAUGACAAUAAGAAAGCUAAACUUUGUCCAGCACCAAUAAAGACACGGUGGAAUUCCUGGUUUAAAUCAGUGCAAUAUCAUGCAGAAUAUUGUAAUGUUUACAUAGAAUUUUUUAGCAGUGAAAUAAACCUUACUCCUGACACUGCUUGUCUCAAUCAGUGCAAAGUUUUGGUGGAAAGCAAGUACGUUUGCAAAGACUUUCAGUUCAUUGCAGAACACGCUCAGAUAUUAAUGGAUACUCAUGCAUAUUUUAAUACUUACUACUCUCCAGAACUAGACGUAUUCAAAAACCGUCGGCCCAAGUUUAGUCAACCUGCAUUAAACUUCAUGAAAGCUGCUCGAGUUUUCGAUCCAGAACAAAUAGUCAACCUCAAUAUUGAAGACGACGAUGUAUUCAAGAAUAUUCCAGGAAUGAGUGGCCAAGAUAUAAAACUCGAGUAUGCUGCUUACAAAGAAUAUAUCAUUCAAACCAGGACUUAA